CCCGGGACGAAGGGAAGAAGAAGAACUCACAACGGCAGCAUGGCGGACGUUUUGGACCUUCACGAAGCGGGGGGAGAGGACUUUCCUAUGGAUGAGGAUGAAAGCAUCCACAAGUUAAAAGAGAAGGCCAAGAAGAGGAAGGGACGAGGAUUCGGCUCAGACGAGGGAACCAGAUCCAGAGCUAAAGAAGACUAUGAUACAGUGGAACAAGAUGGAGAUGAGCCAGGUCCCCAGAGAUCUGUAGAGGGCUGGAUCCUGUUCGUUACGGGCGUUCAUGAGGAGGCUACGGAGGAAGACAUCCACGACAAGUUUUCAGAGUUUGGGGAAAUCAAGAACCUGCAUCUCAACCUUGAUCGCAGGACGGGCUACCUGAAGGGUUAUGCUCUGGUGGAGUAUGAGACGUACAAAGAGGCCCAGGCAGCCAUGGAGGGGCUCAAUGCUCAGGACAUGAUGGGCCAGCCCAUCAGCGUAGACUGGGCCUUCGUCAGGGGACCCCCCAAGAACAAGAGAAGGACUGGCGGCCGGAGACGCAGCAGGAGUCCAGACCGAAGGCGGCGUUGAGCAGAGGUGGCGUCCCUGCCAGUUUCUCAUCUUCUCAUUAGAAGCUACUUUUGGAUUUUUUUUGUAUAAAAUUUGGGGUUACAAUAGAACUUCCACAUGUGUAAUUGCAAACACUUGAACCGGAGAUUUAUAACAUUUUAAAUUGGCAUAACUGCAAGAGAUGCUUUUAUUGCGUUUGGAGUACAUCAGGAAAAUAUUAGGAUCUCUGUGAAUCUUUGUUACCCUCAACGUUAAUGGUUUUCACUUCCUUUGAAGUGUUGUGUGUGUGAUGUAUUCUGAGUUUGUUUUUUUCUCUUUUUUUGUAUUACAUGGGAAACAUUAAACAUUUUAAAAGGUACAAAAUUG